CCCGAUUCAACGUCCCAACCCCUAAGCCUAAAGUACAACCCAAGUCAAUCAGAUUAAACUUCUUACGCUAGGCUAGGUUUUCUAAAAAAUCAAAACAGCUUCUUCAUUCUUCAUUCUUCUAAGGCAAAGCGAGAUGGCACUAAGAGGUGUUUGGCAGCUAAAGAAGCUGGUAGUGAGCUAUUGCAAUUGGGGUGGCAGUAGCAGAGGAAUAAGGGCAUUCAUGGAGUCUGAAUUGCCAGCAUUGAAGGAGCAAAAUCCACAGCUUGAGGUGGUGACUGAACUAAAUCGUGGUCAGCAUCCUUUCUUGAAGGGAUUAUACAAAAACAAGAAUGAGCGUGUUGUAUGUGUGAGAAAUUUGAGUCAAGACGAAGUACUUGAAGCAGCAACCAAGCUAAGGAAUUCGCUUGGCAGAAAGGUGGUGAAGAUGAAGACUCGACAUGUUACAAAACAACCAAGCGUUCAAGGUACAUGGUCAACAGCAUUGAAGUUAUAAGCCUACAGAAAAAUUUCAAAGUUAGUGUUUUUGACUUCCUAGGUUUUAUAAUUUGGAUUCUUAAGUCAGAGGUGUAGUCUUCUGGACAAACAAGAUAGGGAUUAUAUGGUCUACAUGUAGUAAGAAGGUAGAUUUUUUCAAUGUAAUAAUUUACUCAUGAUGAUACUGGAAUAGUGGAAUGCAUGUGUUUGUUAUUGUCAUGUUGAAGUUUU